AUUUCCAUCCUCGCGGAGCGUUCUAUUACAAUGAACCCAUUUAGACCAAUAAUCAAGCUGUUAUUUUGGUCCCUUUCUAACUCACGUGCUUUUCUUCAUUGAUGCAGAACCCAUGAGCUAGCCUCGAAACCCCCAGGUAUCUGAAAGACACUGGAAGCGGGCGUCGCCUUGGGUGUGCCGAGCAGCGGGCAUGGCUCAGUACAAGGGCACGAUGCGCGAGGCCGGCCGUGCCAUGCACCUGAUCAAGAAGCGCGAAAAGCAGAAGGCGCAGAUGGCGGUGCUGAAGCAGCGGAUCGCCGAGGAGACCAUCACGAAAUCGAAGGUGGACAAGAAAUUCUCGGCCCAUUUCGAUGCCGUGGAGGCCGAGCUGAAGUCGAGCACGGUGGGUCUGGUGACCCUGAACGACAUGAAGGCCAAGCAGGAGGCCCUGCUGAAGGAGCGGGAGAUGCAGCUGGCCAGGAGGGAGCAGCUGGAGGCGCGGCAGCUGCGGCUGGAGGCGCUGCGCGAGCAGGCGCGCAAGCGGGAGCAGAAGCGCAAGAUCUCCAGCCUGUCCUUCAGCCUGGAGGAGGGCGACGAGGGCGGCGAGGGCACUGCGGCUGCGGAGCGGCCCAAGCCGGGGGAGGUGAGCGGGCGGAAGAAGCACCUGGGGAAGAACCCCGACGUGGACACGAGCUUCCUGCCUGACCGCGAGCGCGAGGAGGAGGAGAACCGGCUGCGGGAAGAGCUGCGGCGCGAGUGGGAGGCCCGGCGCGAGACGGUGAAGCGCGAGGAGAUGGAGGUGACCUUCAGCUACUGGGACGGCUCGGGGCACCGGCGCACCGUCCGGAUCCACAAGGGCGGCACGGUGCAGCAGUUCCUGAAGAAGGCGCUGCAGGGGCUGCGCAAGGACUUCCGCGAGCUGCGGGCGGCCGGCGUGGAGCAGCUCAUGUACGUCAAGGAGGACCUGAUCCUGCCCCACUACCACACCUUCUACGACCUCCUCGUCACCAAGGCGCGGGGCAAGAGCGGGCCGCUCUUCAACUUCGACGUGCACGACGAUGUGCGGCUGCUGAGCGACGCCACCAUGGAGAAGGACGAGUCACACGCGGGCAAGGUGGUGCUGCGCAGCUGGUACGAGAAGAACAAGCACAUCUUCCCCGCCAGCCGCUGGGAGCCCUACGACCCCGAGAAGAAGUGGGACAAGUACACGAUCCGGUGACGCCCCCUGCCGCUCCGGUGCGUGUCCCUGCCCCACCCCACGCCUCUCGUCCUGCGGCCCGGCACACGCAGCCGUCGCAUCCCCCCCACCCCCGCGUCCCCCCGCCCACGCCAGGGCGGGGACAGCCAGCCCAGGAACUGAUAAACACUCAGGUUUCUGUGCCCUGUAACUUCCAGCUUGAUUUGGUGACCUUAACUUCUUCCCUGAAAUUUAAUAAAGAGCAAAGGUUCGCAUUAUUCAAAUUUGGUCAUUCUAUUGCUGAUGUUAUUUUUUGAGUGGUUGGUUGUUUUUCCAGAGUACUUUUAAUGUUACUGUGUAGAUUCCUUACAUAGCUCUGUUGAGCUAUAUUGAAACCAUGACUGGGCACGCUGCACACCAUGGGAGAGAAAUGAGAAUGAGGGGUGCAUUUCUGACCCGGGUCACAACAUUCAGGCUGGUGAUCAUGAGCGUGAACUUUGGAGCCAGACUGCCUGGGUUUGAUUCCCAACUCAGCUUCUUACUUGCUGUGUAGUUUUGGGCAAACUAAUUGAACCUCUGUGCCCCAGUGUCCUCACCUGUAAAUAGGGAUAACGAUAGCACUUCCCUUAUAAGAUGAUGUGAGAAUUAAAUGAGUUAAUAUUUGUAAAGCACCUAGAACUCAAUAAAUG